ACAAUUCCAGAGCGUGGAAACCUGGAGGAAGAUCGCUUUUUUCCCCUGGAUAAAAUGAAGAAGACAGAUGAAGAUUAACAAUUUGUAUUGGGAAAUUAACGUAGAGUUCGUGUGAUGUGGGUUAAUGUUCUGGUUUUUCUUCUCACCCAUUUGCUCACAGGCAUGAGUAUAAUCUUUAACCAAGACUAUGUAUGCAUAACAGAGUCUGGUAGUUUCACAACCAACAGUACAUAUGGUAAAAACCUUGACCAUAUUCUCGAUUCUCUCCCAGAUAAUGUCUCUAAAAGUGGUGGUUUCUUUACUGCCACCGCUGGCCAAGACUCCAACACAGCUUACGCUCUUGGGCUGUGCAGUGGAGACUUAAAUCCACACGAUUGUUAUGGCCUUGUGAAAUCCGCGGUUCGUGAUCUCAGAGAUAAAUGUCCCGACCAGAAAGAAGCCAUUUCAUGGUCAGGUGAUCCCGCAUGUAUUGUACGCUAUGCAAAUCGCCCCUUUUUUGGAAUCCUGGAGCUAGAGCCUACUACUGCUGGCACUAUCACGCACGACAUCGGCUCCAACUUACCACGAUUUGAUACGAUUUGGGAGAGUUUAACGGACCGUUUGGUGAGAAACGCUUCCAACGGCUCUUCUAGUCGUAAAUAUGCAACUGGGGAAGCAUAUUUUACAGUAUCUCAAAACAUAGAUGCACAAAUGCAGUGCACUCCAGACAUAUCACAGGAGGAAUGUGAUUCCUGCCUACGGGCCGCUAAGAGUUCCUUUAAAGCAUGUUGCCAUGGGAAGCAAGGAGGUUAUGUUCAGAAGCCUAACUGUAUGUUUACAUUCGACUUGAUUCCCACAAUUACACAAGACCAAAAACCAGAGAAGAAUCAGAACAAAUCAAUCUGGGUUCCACUUGGUGAAAGUUUAUCGGCGAUUCUUGGACUAGCUUUGGUUUCUGCUUGCGGUAUCUUCCUAUGGAAAAGGACAAACAUUCAAGGGGAUAAAGAAGAUAGCCAAGAAGUUCAAUUACUUGACUUGGUAAUCGGAAGCGGGAAUCAUGAGAACUCAAGCGAAAAUGUUGAAACAUCUCAAGAGUUUCCUUCAAUUAAAUUGGAUAUUUUACAAGCAGCGACCACUAAUUUUUGUGAUGAAAAUAAGCUCGGACAAGGUGGAUUUGGCCCUGUGUACAAGGGCACACUAGCAGAUGGAAACGAAAUUGCAGUUAAAAGGCUUUCAAGAGCUUCUAGUCAAGGGCUGCUUGAGUUCAAAAAUGAAGUCAUGUUAAUUGCCAAACUACAACAUAGAAAUCUUGUGAGGCUCUUAGGAUGUUGCUUAGAGAAAAAUGAAAAGUUACUUGUAUAUGAAUUCCUGCCCAAUAGAAGUCUUGACCUGUUCCUAUUUGAUUCAAGUUUGGCUACACAAUUGUCUUGGCAAAAGCGAUUCAAUAUUAUUAAAGGAGUUGCCCGAGGUGUCAUGUAUCUGCAUGAAGAUUCUCAUAUUAGAGUUAUCCACAGAGACCUUAAAGCAAGUAAUGUUUUACUUGAUCAUGAGAUGAAUCCGAAAAUAUCAGACUUCGGCAUGGCAAAAAUUUUUUGUGGAGAUCAAAAUGAAGCAAAUACCAAUAGAGUAGUCGGAACAUAUGGAUACAUGGCGCCCGAAUAUGCUAUGGAAGGACUCUUUUCUGUCAAAUCAGAUGUGUUUAGUUUUGGAGUCAUUUUGUUGGAGAUUAUAAGCAGUAAAAAAAAUAAUGGGUUUCAUCUCUCAGAACAUGGUGAAAGCCUUUUGACAUUUGCAUGGAAAUUAUGGUCAAAAGGUGAAGGAAUGGAACUAAUAGACGAGCAUCUUGCUGGUUCAAGUGUGCCAACAGAAGUGCUUAAAUGCAUUCAGAUUGGUUUAUUGUGUGUGCAAGUAGAUCCAGCAAAUAGACCAACUAUGUCAACUGUUGUUGCCAUGUUGGGAAGUGAGACCAUAACGCUUCCUCUACCAAUAGAACCUACAUUUUACGUUGGACAUUUUGUUGCAGAACCAAUUCAACUCAGUUUCACUGAUAGAAUAUUUUCUGUUAAUGAAGUUACGAUUUCAAACAUUUCAACUCGAUGAUUGAUUAGUUAUUGCAUGUUGCUUUUGAAAAAUUGUUAAUAUGUUAUUUUAUAUUGGAUGUAAAAUACUAAACGUUUUGCAACUUUUCUAUAAAACAACUAGAGAUUUUCUUUCA